AUGGUUUGGAAUAUAGUUAUCCCCAUUGUUUAUCGAUAUACUGCUAUAAUUACUUUGCCUGUUGCUAUUGUUCUCGGUAGUGUUGGAUAUUACAUUGAAAAACGUUAUCAUAGUAAAUCUUAUACACCAGUACCUCAUGAAAAAGGUAUUAUAGAUGAACGUUCUGAACGACAAGAUCAACAGCAACCCACAGCUUCUCCGUAUAAUAUGAAUAACGUUAUACCAACAACUAUUUUCAAUAGAAAUAAUCCUGAAGAUUUAAAAAAGAUUUAA